AUGCCCUCCACCACCACAUCCGAAACCCCAACCCCAACCCUCUACUUCGCCUACGGCUCCAAUCUCUCCCUCACCCAGAUGCACACCCGCUGUCCCCACUCCACCUACUAUGGUCUCGGUGUUCUCUAUGGAUACCGAUGGAUCAUCAAUGAGAGAGGAUAUGCCAACAUUGUUCCGAUCACCACCUCUAACCCCGACUCCAACCUCGUUCCUGUUGUUCCUGGCUCUGUUUCGGUACUCGCUGGCGCAUCUCCGCAUUCACAUCCACAUGCACUUUCACACGCACCUGCUACAGGACGCACAGCAGGUGCCUCUCAUUCAUCGCAAGAACCAGAACGCGAAACAAGAACCAAAAUCAAAAUCAAGAAACCCAGAAAAGACAUCAGCAGCAGCACCACCCAAACCCCACCCCCAUCCGUCCACGGAAUCCUCUACACACUAACCCGUUCCGACGAAAGCGCCCUCGACAGCAACGAAGGCGUCCCAUUCGCAUACACGAAAACGCAUCUUUACAUCACCGUUCUCUCGUCCCCAUCUCCUUUUCCAUCUCCUUUUUCUUCCUGUUUCCCCUCCUUCUGCUUGCCCUUCCCCUUCCCCUCCUUUUCCUUACCCUUCCCCUCUCCUAACAGUAAGAAAUUCCAAGUACAAGCACUAACCUACAUCGAUACGCUGCGCACUACACCCUCCAUUCCCAAUCCUGAAUAUAUCCAUCGUAUGAACCGAGGGAUUCGCGAGGCGGUGUCGAAAGGAUUGCAGAUGUCGUAUGUGAGAGAUGUUCUGAGGAUUUAUAUACCCGAGGAAUCUAGGGAGUCUGGGGAAUGUGAAGAUCAGUUGCGGGAUGGUGGCUGUGUGAAGAAAAGAGGAAGGUGGCUGCGAUGGAUAGGUUGUAAUUGA